AUGACGGACACAAGUAAUGUAGAUGAUGCUGAAAUAGCCCGUCAAGAGCCAUUCAAUAAUAAGAUGAUAGAGGCGGCAGAAAAAGUGAUGAAUGCCAACCUUCCCAAGUUAGCUCAAGAAGUCGAGAGCCGAGUCUUGGGGGUUGUUGAUGAGAUGAUGACUAGCAAGAUUGAGGAGUUAAAAGAAAUGCUUGAAGGGUCCAGGACUAAAAGUAAGGAACGAAGGUGUACAUAUAAGGAUUUUAUGGCAUGUAAUCCCUUUUCAUAUAAUGGGGAGGUGGAUCCGGUAAAGUGUCAAAGAUGGAUAGCAAACAUUGAAGCCGUAUUUGUACGUAGUCGAUGUGAGAAAGAAGAUCAAGUAAUGUUUGCUACGGGUCAACUUCAGCAACAAGCCAAAGAUUGGUGGGAUACCCAAAGUAAAGAGAUAGGGGAAGUGAGACUCCAAACUUUAACAUGGCAGGAAUUCAAAGAGUUGUUCCUAAAAUAUCAUUGCCCGCAAUCGGCAAUUGAUAGAAUACAAGAUGAGUUCUUGCAUCUUCGUCAACAGAAUGAGUCCAUUGAUGAAAUUACCAACAUAUUCUUCGAUAAGUUAAAGUUCUGUGAUGAUUUCGUCAAGUCAGAAAGGAUGAAGAUAAACCGGUAUUAUGGAAUGUUGAAGGCCGAGUAUAGGGAGUUCAUUACCCCUUCGAAGUGUGAAACCUUAAGCGAACUUAUCAAUUUAGCCCGGGAUAGGGAGAUAGAACUGAAGCGACAAGUGGAAAGAGGAGAGAAAAGAGUUGCUGAAAAGCCAUCAACUACGAAUCCAUCCAAGAAGCCUAAGCAGCACGACACUAGAACUAAAGGAGGAUCUAAAGGUAGUAUUCCCCCAUCCAAAACUUGUGGAAAGCUUCACACUGGAGAAUGUUUAAUGGGAAAGAAUGGGUGUUACAACUGUGGUCAGGAGGGACAUCCUUAUUUUAAGUGCCCUAGUCCUGUGAGGACGUGUUUCAAUUGCUUCACUCCUGGUCAUGUAAAAGCUGAAUGUCCAAAGCUUAAACAACAAGGGCAGAAAGAUGAAAAGAAGAAUGAAAAUCAGAAGGCUCGGGGAAGAAUGUUUCAGAUUACUACCGAGGAAGCCAAGGUUUCACCGAAUGUAGUGUCAGGUAUUUUCUUAAUCAACCAAAUACCCGUGAAUGUGCUAUUUGAUUCUGGUGCUAGCAAGUCUUUCGUGUCAGACGAACUUAUGUGUUAUCCUUCCUUUAGAAAGGAACGAAUGCCUGUACCCUUAGAAGUAGAAGUAGCGGAUAGUAAAAGUUAUUUGUUAUGUGAAGUUUGUAAGAACUGUAAGAUAACCAUAGAAAACGAAGAAUUUGAAAUAGAUCUCAUUCCUAUGACUUUGGGGGAAUUUAAGGUAGUUGUAGGGAUGGAUUGGUUAGCCCGUUAUCACGCGGAAAUUCGAUGCGAGGCGAAAGUCAUUCAUGUAUUCUCACCUAGUGGGGCUCGAAUAAGUAUUCGUGGAGAAAGAAAUCUAGAGACAAAACUAUGCACGAUUGUCGAAAUGGUUAAGCACGCAAGAAAUGAGGGUAAGGCCUACUUGGCUUAUGUGGUGGAUACAAGACAGAAGGUACCCGAAAUUGGAGAAGUAGAAGUAGUGAACGAGUAUGCGGAUGUGUUUCCGGACGAAUUACCGGGGUUACCACCUGAACGAGAGGUGGAAUUCCGAAUCGAAUUAAAUCCGGGCGCCAAGCCAGUGGCUAAAGCUCCCUAUAGGUUAGCUCCCGCUGAGAUGCGAGAGCUAAUGACACAGAUACAGGAAUUACUCGAUAAGGAUUAUCGAGAUUUGAACAAGUUGACCGUGAAGAAUAAAUACCCUUUACCUCGAAUAGAUGAUCUUUUUGACCAACUGCAAGGAGCAAGUUGGUUUUCAAAAAUCGAUUUGCGUUCGGGGUACCAUCAACUUCGGGUACGAGAAGAAGAUGUUGCGAAAACUGCGUUCAGGACCCGAUAUGGGCAUUACGAGUUUUUAGUAAUGCCAUUCGGGCUGACUAACGCCCCGGCCGCUUUCAUGGAUCUGAUGAAUAGAGUAUGUCGGCCUAUGUUAGAUAAGUCUGUUAUAGUGUUUAUAGAUGAUAUCCUUGUGUACUCUCGUAGUAGAGCCGAACAUGCAAAUCAUUUGCGUGAAGUGUUAGAGAUUCUUCGGAAAGAGAAGUUAUAUGCUAAGUUUUCCAAAUGUGCCUUCUGGCUUAGAGAGGUGCAAUUUCUUGGCCACGUCAUUAAUAAGGAUGGUGUCUUGGUAGACCCAACUAAAGUAGAGGCUGUUGUGAACUGGGUUCCUCCUAAGAACCCGAGUGAAGUGAGAAGUUUUCUGGGUUUGGCUGGGUAUUACCGAAGGUUUAUACAGGAUUUUUCCAAAGUAUCGUUACCUUUAACCAAACUAACCAAGAAGAAUGAGAAAUUUGUGUGGGGAGUCGAGCAAUAA